AUGGAAGAACGUGGCUGGGGGCAGCCCCACAUCAGGGCACGGCUGGAAUGGCGCACCCUCCUGCUUCUGCUCGGGCUGGCCCUCGGCCUCUACCUGACCGUAGAUGUUAUCCAAGGGGGACGUAUGCUUCGUUCAUCUUUUUCGAACGAGAGCCCGAAUGAAGGUGAGGUCGUACGAUACGGUCCAUCUUCUUCUUCUUCUUCGACGCCCCGCAAAAACGAGGAAGUGUCGGCCACCUCCAGCACGGAGACACGAACCAGCACGACGACCACCACCGUGGUCGACCCGAAGACGGGCGUCGAGACUGAGACCACCACGACGACCACCACCGUCGUCACCACCGUCGUCGCCCAACAUCAUCGCCCGCAACCGCCCCAAAGCCGGUUCCACACCCUGCUCAACCCCCACAGCGCCGACGCGCCCACCUUCGACUGGAGCGCGCCCCUUCUGCCCCUGCUGCCGCCCGACCAGGCCAAGCGCUUCCUCAAGGAGGACAAGGGGGCGGAGUGGCUGCCGGCGGACGUGCGGGCGAUGGUGAAGCCGCGAGAGAAGCCCGUGCGCGUGGUGGUCGUCUUCCCGCUGGACUGCGAGAUCGACCUGCUCGAGGUUCGGCUCAUGGAGACCUAC